CAUAAAAAGGCGGUUCCACCAGCGAGAUGGAGGAAGGAGGUCACUGACGAGAUUUCCAUUAGCUAAAGACGUUUCCAAAGCUGUUUCCUCUCCCUCGCUUCCACCUCCUCCUCCUUCUUCUCAGCCCUCCUUCACACAUUUUUACCAUCCACUGCCCGGCAUUUCCCCUGUUCACUCUCUCCUACUCCUCAGACUGAGCCUGAUGGAUUUGCAGCUUCUUCUGUUGUCUGUUCUCCACAAUGGAUGAGUGUAGUGGCAUUUGCUGAGAGAGGGGUGACUCGAGGACACUUGACUUUGGGGGAACAGCUCAUUGUAGCUCUGCUGCCUUUCAGUGUAGCGGUGAAAAGGAUGCUCACGUAUUAGAGGAAGUGACAGAUAACGCAGCAGACAUGGACCAUCUGAACAGAAACCAGCAUGGCCGCCAGACUCAUCAGGUGCUACAGAGCACACCGCUGGACCUGAUUGAGACAGGAAAAGGGCUGAAGGUCCAGGCAGAGCGCCCCCAUUUGGUCAGUCUCGGGAGUGGCCGUCUUAGCACAGCCAUCACACUGCUGCCCCUGCCUGAAGGAAAGACAACUUUGGGCCAUGGAGCUAUGGACAUAAACAUCCACGGACCUGGAGUUGCUGCCCAGCACUGCUACAUUGAGAAUAAGGCUGGCGUGAUCACACUGCACCCCUGUGGGAACCAGUGCAGCAUGGAUGGACUUCCAGUCACCAAGCCUGUACGCCUGUCUCAAGGUUGUAUGCUGUGUUUUGGCCAGUCGUCCUUUUUCCGCUUCAAUCACCCCGAGGAGGCGUUCAGGAUGAAGAGCAUGAGGACGGAGGGACAGCACACAUCUAGCAUGAUGAUUAGAGUCCAUACAGACUCUGAGAGCCUGGUCAAUGGGAACCACCAGUCAGAAGCACCUGAGUCUCACCCAGUCCCCAAAGAGAGAGUGCAACCUGAGCACAGUGCAAUUGUUAGUUCCAUUGAGAAGGACCUUCAGGACAUUAUGGACUCCUUAGUCAUGGAUGAUGCCCAGGCUUCCUCCUCCUCCGAGCCUAAGAAGCCUUCUGGGCCCCCCGCUGCCCAGUCCCCGCUUUCCCCACUGUUAAACGGAGGUGGCCGCUACCUCCUCUCUCCCCCCACGAGCCCUGGUGCUAUGUCUGUGGGCUCAAGCUAUGAGAAUACCUCUCCACCCUUCUCUCCUCUCUCCUCACCCUCAGCUGCCAGCAGUGGCAGCUUCACCAGUCCUUCGCCCAGUGGUUGUCCGGACCAGAUUUCCUCUCUGCCUCCUGUGCCAGUCAGGUCCUCCAGUUACAAUUACACCAGCCAGCCACCUGUACCUCAGCCUAGGACCAUGUUGCCCAACCACAGUGGAAGUCAGAAGGUUCCAGAGAGUCCUCGGCUCCAGAGGAGGGCUCUUCUGGAAGCUCCUCCAAGCCCAAAGCCCACCCGUAGGGGUCUGAGUCAGGAUAACCUAGUAGGAAAGGCUCCGGAUAGCCCCAGACUGCCCCCUCCUUUGCCUUCAGUCGCCAUAUCUGCUGUAUCCAAUGAUGUCCUAUCUCUUGGUAGGAUAGUGGUACCUGGUAGCCCCAAACUUACCCCCAAAUUCACCACCACAUCUCCCUGCUCCUCUCCGUCAAGUCCCAGGUUAAAGAUGGCCAACAAUCUUCAAGAUCGCCCAUGUAGCCCAUUCUGCGAGCAGCCCCAACUGGACCGCUCGCCCACCUCCAGCCCGUCCCAGCAACUCUCUCCUCCACCUCGAGCCUUCCAGCCUCCCCUGGACCCCAUCGUCCACAUCAUCCAGCCUCAGCCGCAGCCACGCAAUCUUCAGCCUCCAGAAAGUCCUCGGCUGGCCCGAAGGAACUUAGAGGCUGGCUGUGGCAACAGCAUGAGGGAGCUGCCCCCUCUGAGCCCGUCCGUGGCCCGCAGAGGGGUACCUGUGCUGCCUGGGGCUCUCCCGGGAACCCUCCGGACCCCGGAGAGUCCGUCCACCAAAGCAGUUCCAGAUAGUCCUAGGCUCAGACGCAAAGCGGCCUCCCCCACCGAGGAGCUGUUCAGCCCCCGUUUGGUCCGUGCACGCAGCCCCUCGCCCACUUCCUGUCUGUUGGAGGGCAGCAGUGGGCGAAAAGGUAGCUUUGGGAACACCUUGUCUCCAGCUUUCAGUCUGGGCUCUCUGCCCGGUUCUUCGCCCCUGGCCAGCCCCAGGAGCCACAGGAAGAUGUCGGCAGGUCACAGGGACUUCCGCCUGGCCCACCCGGGAAUGAGGGAGCGCAAGAACAGCAUCACAGAGAUCAGCGACAAUGAGGACGAACUGCUGGAGUACCAUCGGCGUCAGCGUGAGGAGCGUCUCCGCGAGCAGGAGAUGGAGAGACUGGAGCGUCAGCGGCUGGAGACCAUCCUGAACCUGUGUGCGGAGUACAACAAGGGAGACGAGCCGACCAUGGGCUUCUCCGGGUUGGUUUCGGGUGAGGCGACAGGCAUCAGGCGACCCUCCAUGGACACGGCUGGCAGCGCCUCGCUGAGGAUGGCGCCCAGGCAGAGGGAGAGCGAUGAGGAAAAUGUGAGAGAGGAGUGCAGCAGCACAGAGAGCACACACCAGGAGGUGAGGACAACACACGCCCUGUCGAACGGAGACAGUGCACAGGUGGAAGACUCUGUGGUGUCCGGGGGUGGGUCCACACUGGAGCUGGGUUAUCUGGAGGAGGAGCGGGUGCGAGUGCUGGCGAGGGUUGAUGAGCUGAAAGCUCGUGUCACAGAGCUGGAACAGCAGCUACAGGAGUCCAAACAGGAGGCGGAGAUGGAGAGGGCUUUACUGCAGGGUGAGAAGCAGGCAGAGCUCGAGCAGAUCGAGGCUGAGACUGAAAUCAUCAAUCAGCUGCAGCACAAACUCAACGAACUGGAGAAUGCCAUCCAGAGGGAGAAAGACAAGGAAAGAGCUAAUGUUGACGCCAAGAGGGAAGCCCUGGAGAGGCUUCAGGACACCUACAAUGAGUUGAAGAGCCAGCUCCAUAACUGCCCUGAGUCUCUAAGGGAGCAGUUACAGGAACAACUCAAAAGGGAAGCAGAGACUCUGGAAGCAGAAACAAAGCAGUUUGAGGACCUUGAGUUCCAGCAGCUGGAGAAGGAGAGUAGUCUGGAAGAGGAGCGCGAGACCAUCUCCCAACAGCUCUUGCAGGAGAGAGCUCAGUACCAGAGCAGUGUGACCAAGCGGAAGGAGAAGGUGGCAGCGUUGGAGAGCCAGGCCAGUCAGCUGGGCCUGCAGGCUGCGCAGGAGUGUGAGAGGCUGGCCAAGGACAGGAGUGUCACCCUGCAGCUGCUUCAGAAGGAGAAGGAGCGUCUAGCUGGUCUGGAGAAGAGAUACCUCAGCCUAACUGGAGGCAGAACUUUCCCUAAAAGCUCCAACACAAUGAAGGAGGAUGUGCUUCGCAUCAGUGACCUGUUAGACGAUGCCCGCUUCCAGAAUCCCCUCUGCCGGCUGGCUGCUCCCUAUUUUUACACUUCCUCCUGCAGUUUGUAUCCCAGCAGGCCUCGGGAGAAUUACGUUACUGUCGGCCAAUUAAACCAGAUCUAUGGGAUGCCAAAGGUGGACUCCUCUCCCACCUCUCCUGCCCUAUCACGUCAGCCUACUUUCACUGAGCCUGCCUUUUCCUGCCUUCCCUCCCCUCAUGGCUCCUCCCUUUCUCUUUCUUUUGAGGCUCAGCCGGAGUGGCUCAGGCCUCAAAUGGCUGGUCUAGAUUUAGAGCGCUGGUAUCAGGAGGUGAUGGAGGCUGGAGACUGCAGCCCGCUCUGCCCCCCUCCUCUACCGGCCAAAGGUCACUCACGCAGGCCUCUGCAGGUGUACCGCUCCAGGCUGGAUAGUGAUGCCAGUCAGUCAUCACUGAGGCAAAAGGUCAACACUGGCCUGUCGCCCACCUACACCACUGCAACACUCGGCCGUAACACUUCGUCCAGGAGCCCUCUGAUGGUGGCUAACAGCACCGGCAGUCUCCCUCGCAACCUAGCAGCCACCCUACAGGACAUCGAGAUAAAGCGGCAGCUGGCCCUACAGCAGAAAGACCACUUGCCUUCAUCAUCCGAGUCCUCCUCCACCGCAGACAGCCCUACAGGGCAGCAAGUGAUAGAGGAGCAGAGGCGGCGUCUGGCUGAGCUGAAGCAGAAGGCUGCAGUGGAGGCUCAGUGCCAGUGGGAGGCGCUGCGGGGCUCGCAGACGCAGCUCAACAGCCCUCAACUGCUGACUGCGCCGCCUCCACUGGUGCACCACUCCAUCCUGCACCACACAGCUCCCUCUGCUGGAGAGCCGGCCUACGACACGCUCAGCCUGGAGAGCUCCGACAGCAUGGACACCAGCGUCUCCACCGGCAACAACUCAGCCUGCUCGCCGGACAACAUGUCCAGUGCCAGCGGGAUGGACGUGCUGAAGAUUGAAGAGAUGGAGAAGAUGUUGAAGGAAGCUCAGCUGGAGAAGGCCAGACUCAUUGAGUCAAGAGAGCGAGAGAGCCUGGCCCGUAAACAGCUGCUGGAGGAGGAGAGAAGGAGGAGGGAGGAGGCGGAGAAGAGGUUGCAGGAGGAGACGGUGCACCGGCAGCAGCUGAUAGAGAGGGAGGUGAAAAUGAGGGCAAAGAACUUCUCGCAGGCUCGACCCAUGACGCGCUACCUGCCCAUCCGCAAAGAGGAGUUUGACCUGCGCUCGCAUGUGGAGUCUUCGGGCCACAAUGUGGAAACCUGCUACCACGUCAUCCUCACCGAGAAGAUGUGCAAGGGCAACCUGGUCAAGAUGGGCGGCAAGAUCAAGUCGUGGAAGAAGCGCUGGUUCGUCUUUGAUCGCCUCAAAAGGACGUUCUCCUACUACAUCGAUAAGCACGAGACCAAGCUGAAAGGAGUCAUCUAUUUCCAGGCCAUCGAGGAGGUUUACUAUGACCAUUUGCGCAGUGCCACAAAGAAAGGAUUUUUCAACCUGAACUUGACAAAUAGCCCCAAUCCUUCCCUGACGUUCUGCGUGAAGACCCACGACAGACUGUACUACAUGGUGGCUCCGUCUGCAGAAGCCAUGAGGAUCUGGAUGGACGUCAUAGUAACAGGAGCAGAGGGCUACACGCAGUUCAUGAACUAAAGAAGGGGCACCCCCAACCCCCCCACCAGAAAAGGUCAAAUCAGAAACAGUUUCGGCAGGGAAACUUCAAAUGACUCAUCCUCCUGUUUACUGGGUCUACUGACUCUUGAUGAGGGGAAAGCCUUUUUAUUUUGUAUUACGUUCUUGUUUUCUUUUCUUUCUUGUUUUUUUUUUUAAUAAGUUGUAUAUUCAGCACGACUGUACAGAUUCACAUUCUCCACAGGUUUUCUGUGUUCGCCUGGAUUUAAAAAGGGAUUCCUAGAAGACAAACCUGAGAAGCAAACUUACACACGGAUGGCUAAGAGAGUCGCUGUGAAAAUGCCUUUUUUGCCACAGCCUAGUAUUCCACAGCUGUUCUUUAAGUAUGCAUAACUGUUUGAUGAGCUUUUUUGUUAAAUUGUUUUUAUGAUUUUCUUUCCCACAUUUGAGAUGUGAUAUUGCCAAAUGACAUUAAGCCAUUGUGGAACGUUUUUUGUAAAAACUGAUUCUGUGGCUUUGACUGACAGAGAAUAAGAGAGGUUAUAAAUAUACAGGUAGUACAUUCUAGAGAUAAUGUCGAAUAUAUCAGUAUAGCAUAAAUGUGAGAUUCCUACCAGAGCUCUAGACAAACAUCCAGUGUCACCGAAACAAAAACCUUCACCAAAGUUCACCAACCAGCUCGCGAAUCCGUCACUUCCUCCAUGUUUAGACCGUCGCCAACAGCUCUUGUUUGCCUGCGUCCAACUUUGUAUGUCUUCGUGUUGCCAGCACAAGCAAACCCUGUGCACACACACAAAAUAAUAUCUCUGAAGCACCACUGCAGUAGAGUCUAUUUGCCAAGUCCUGACAACUUGAUCUUCUGACUUAACCCCUCAAGGAAUUAGCCAUCUUCUCUUCACUGCCACCCGAAGGCCUGGAGGACAAACAACAUAGAACAGAUGAAAGUACUGGACGAAAAACAUGGAAAACGCUUCUGGACAUAAAUGUAAUAAUGCAAAUCAUUCAGUGCCUUGAUAUUUCCCCACGAUUCAUCACUCUGAGUACCGAAGUGAGCGGCUAGCUGGACCACAAAACACCUGAAACACAAAACUGACUUUAAGUGUUAUUUUUAUUUGCAAGAGAUGUAUUGUUGUGAAAGUUCUUAACAGAUGUUUGCACAUGGCAUGUAGUCGGAUCGAU